UAAACUGCUGCCUGCCUGUGCAGCAGCUGAAGAACCGUGGAUUUCAUAUUACAGACUAAAACCCCAGUAAAACUGCUCAAAAAAAAAAAAAAGUCUUCCUGCAGCUGCCAGGCAACGACGACGGAAGAGAGGCAAAGCCUUUUUUUUCCCCCAAUGCAACUGAAACACAAAACCCCAGCUCUGCUGCUUUACAUUGCAGCUCAGCACUACUACUAGAAAUAUGGAUACUGAGAAGAGAAUACAGCACCGCAUUGUCCAGCCGGAGAAUACAGCAGAUGUAAAGAGCUUCAAUGCAUCAACUGUCGGAAAGAGUCAACAGUGCACCAAAUAGAACGGACAACUACAGCCCUUUUGUUUAAAGAAGGAGAGAAAAUGAAACUCGGGGAAAAUCUCUGAAGACUAGGGCACAUAUGAACAAGAAGGGUAACUUGAAGAAACGCCGACAGAUGGACACUUUGGAUACUGUGAAAAGCAAUCACAGGAGGCAGACUGUUGGGGGAUGUGCGCAUGUUUGAUAGCAUCGUUUUGGGUGUUUUUUGUUGUGUUUUUUUUUUUUCUGCUGAAGUGAUGGCGUGCCAAAAGUAUUUUCAGUGGGCAUAAUCCUCUCUACCUAAAUGGCCUGACCAAGAAAGAAAGAAUGACUUCAAGGGACACACAACUAAACCAGAAAAUGAUGACCAAAGAACAGGACUGAUUCAGGAAAAAAAAAAAAAGAAAGAAAGAAAGAAAGAAAGAAAGAAAGAAAGAAAGAAAGAAAGAAAGAAAGAAAGAAAGAAAAGCCAAGAGUAUUUCUGGCCUCAAACAUCUUACUGGAUAUUUACAACAUGCUUCAGUGGAGGAGAAGACACUGUUGCUUUGCAAAGAUGACCUGGAAUGCUAAAAGGUCUCUGUUCCGGACCCACCUCAUGGGUGUACUUUCCCUAGUGUUUCUUUUUGCUAUGUUUUUGUUUUUCAACCAUCAUGACUGGCUACCAGGUAGAGCUGGAUUCAAAGAAAACCCUGUGACGUACACUUUCCGAGGAUUUCGUUCUACAAAAAGUGAGACAAAUCACAGCUCCCUUCGGAACAUAUGGAAAGAAACAGUUCCUCAGACUCUGAGGCCUCAGACAGCAACUAACUCCAAUAACACAGAUCUAUCACCACAAGGAGUUACAGGACUAGAGAACACACUCAGUGCCAAUGGAAGCAAAUAUAAUGAAAAGGGUACUGGACAUCCAAACUCUUACCAUUUCAAAUAUAUUAUCAAUGAGCCUGAAAAAUGCCAAGAGAAAAGUCCAUUUUUAAUACUAUUAAUAGCUGCAGAACCUGGACAAAUAGAAGCAAGAAGAGCUAUCCGGCAAACGUGGGGCAAUGAAAGUUUGGCACCUGGCAUCCAAAUCACACGAAUUUUUUUGUUGGGCAUAAGUAUUAAGCUAAAUGGCUACCUUCAACAUGCAAUUCUAGAAGAAAGCAGACAAUAUCAUGAUAUAAUUCAACAGGAAUACUUAGAUACAUACUAUAAUCUGACGAUUAAAACACUAAUGGGUAUGAACUGGGUUGCAACAUACUGUCCACAUAUUCCAUAUGUUAUGAAAACAGACAGUGACAUGUUUGUCAACACCGAGUAUUUAAUACACAAGUUACUAAAGCCAGAACUGCCUCCUAGACAUAACUACUUUACUGGGUACCUAAUGAGAGGAUACGCACCUAACAGAAACAAAGACAGCAAGUGGUACAUGCCACCAGACCUUUAUCCAAGUGAGCGUUACCCAGUAUUCUGUUCAGGAACUGGUUAUGUUUUUUCUGGGGAUCUAGCAGAAAAGAUAUUUAAGGUUUCUUUAGGCAUCCGUCGUUUGCACUUGGAAGAUGUGUAUGUAGGGAUCUGUCUUGCCAAGUUGAGAAUUGAUCCUGUGCCCCCUCCCAAUGAGUUCGUGUUCAAUCACUGGCGAGUUUCUUACUCAAGCUGUAAAUACAGCCACCUAAUUACCUCUCAUCAGUUCCAGCCUAGUGAACUGAUAAAAUACUGGAACCAUUUACAACAAAAUAAGCACAAUGCCUGUGCCAACGCAGCAAAGGAAAAAGCAGGAAGGUAUCGGCACCGCAAACUACACUAAAAGACUAUUUUUGUUCAAGUGUGCAAUUUGUAAAUAUUGCUUAAAGCAUGUAUAGUUAAAAACUUGAUACAUACCUAGAACAAGUUUUAGUUCAGCUCAUCACGUAAGGAAUUCAAAACUAUUUUUUUAAUUUCUGAAGACGCUAAUUCAUAAAAUUACAACAUUAUGACAAAAAGGUAUCCCAAAAGAGUCUAUUUAAAAAAAACUGUAUAAAGAAAAGGAUUCUCUGUAUUAACAUGCAAUAAGCAUGCAUACAUAAAGGGUUCAAGUCUUAUAUUGGGGAUCAAUACAGUGUAUCUGCAUACAUUUUCCACAUAAAUCAUAAUUUAAGAAAUGAAGAUAGUCAAAAGAUUCCUAGGUUUACUUUGGAUUUCAUCAUAUAAUCUAAUGUAAAGACAAGAAAACUUUGUGCAAAAAACACAUUUUCUGACCUGAAUUUAGAGUUCUAACUUUAUACCACACACAACAAGACUUAGUUAAGUUAUUCCAUAAACUCAGAUAUAUUCAGGCAUUUCAGCAAUGCAAUUCUCAUUCAAGCAUUUACUUUUAAAAAUAAUUGAUAAGUGUUUUAUAAUUUCUUUUAUUAAUUCUCGUAUAUACUGGGGAAAUUAUUUUGACAUGAUGUGAUAAAUGUGAAAAAUUAAUGUGUCUCAGGCUCAAGUUUUUAUAAAAUGAAUUAUUAAAGGUUUCAAAAUAGACAAAUUUUGUUUUCUUAUUAGUAUUAAGGACCAACCCAGUAUUUCAAUGAAUUUUGCAUUUAGACAAAAUAUUGCACUCAUGGAGAAUGCUUAACUACAAAUAUACCUUACGUCAUA